GCUCUCGCACAGAAUUCGAUAUAAGGAGAAGAUUCGCUGAGUCGUGUUGGUAGGCUGACCCACAAAGCUGCUGAAGGAACUGCCAAACGCGAUUCUCCCCACACAUGACUACCCUCGCCGGACCGUCAUGGCCAGUUCUUCAGGAUGCAUGGGCAACUUUGCAAGAACUUUGUGCGAUGACGUACGUCCGCGACAACUUCUUGUCUGUGAUUCUUCUUCUGCGUUUGUGUCGUAGAUUAUCCCGGCUAUGCGGUACUUGUAAGAGGCAGGCCUGCAGGCUCCCCGGGAUAGGCAACGGGUGUUCUCCACCGUACCGACUGCCGACUGCCAACUAUGCCUCAUUGAAAGCAUUCAUCGAGCUACAAGCUAUAACGUAUAUUUAUUUUUGCGAUAUCCUACCGAUUAUUUGCCACAUUACAUCUCUGUUCCCCGCUCUCUGCCUGGUAUGUGAACCGCUAGGAAGGCUCGCUGCGUACGCACUAUCCGCUCAGGUUGCCAUUUCUGCAGUACCGUCCUACGAAGUACCUCCUGGUUCUCCGGGAUAUUACCACGGCAACUCUUCUGCCGCCGUCACCUUCGACGCACAUUCUCUAUUCCUCGAUGACAAAAGGCUGUACGUCUUUAGCGGGGAGGUCCAUACUUGGAGGAUGCCCAGUGGACCUGCCAUAUGGCGCGAUGUUUUCCAGAAGAUGCGAGCCGCAGGCUUCAAUGCUAUAUCGGUAUAUCAUCAUUGGGGAUUGUCUGAGGGGAAGCAAGGCUCUCUAGACUUCAACUAUUAUCGAUCCCACACUGAUUUGUACGAAGUGGCGAAGGAGGUUGGCCUUCUGGUAAUCGCGAGACCUGGACCAUACAUCAAUGCAGAAACCACUGGAGGCGGCUUCCCAGGCUGGUUGACCAACAAUCCAGCGAAAGCAAGGACGAAUGAAACUGGAUUCUCCGAGGCAUGGACCUCUUACAUGGAUGCGGCGUCGGAAUUCAUCAAACCGUACCAGUAUCCUGAUGGACCAGUCAUCGCUGUUCAAGCCGAGAAUGAGUUUUUCGAAUCUUCCUCUGGGGAUCCGGGGCGAUCUGAGAGCAUGGUUCAGAUUGAAGACAACCUUCGUGGAAAUGGCAUUACAAAAGUCCCCAUCACUCACAACGAUGCUUCUCCGUCUGGUCGUUAUGCUCACGGUUUGGGCGAAGUUGAUCUGUACAUGUGGGAUAGUUAUCCGCAGGGCUUCGACUGCGCGAACCCUACAUUAUGGCGCGAGAUCAACAGCGGAGAUCUGGACACUGCUCACAAGGCCAUUAAUCCCGAUAUCUUUUGGGCAACUGGCGAGUUUCAGGCAGGCGCUUUUGAUCCUUGGGGAGGUUCCGGCUACGACAAAUGUUUCCAGCUAACUAAUGAGCAAUUUGCAAACAUGGUUUACAAGAACAACUAUGGCGCACAAACUACGUAUCAGAACUUGUACAUGGUUUAUGGCGGUACCAAUUGGGGAAAUCUCGCCGAACCCACCGUUUACACCUCGUACGACUACGGAGCCCCGAUCCGUGAAGACCGAACACUGUCGCCUAAGUACUCCGAAAUUAAGCUUCAAGCGGCGUUCUUGCACGCUUCACCAGACUUCCUAGUCGCAACGCGAUUUGGCAAUGGUACCAUAGGCUUUGGCACCGCAUUUUCAGACAACCCGCGGAUCUACACCACUGCCCUCAGUUCACCAUCUGGGGCGCACUUCUACAUAGUUCGAUCAAACAGUGUUACGCACACAAACAUGACUAAGUUUACGUUGCGAGUAAACACGACGGAAGGUCCCUUGACGAUCCCACAAUUCGGGCCUCAGGCUACGUUAGACGCUCGGGAAAGCCAGAUACUCGUGUCUGAGUACUCAUUCAAUUCUCAUACCUUGAAAUACUCAACAGCCGAGGUGUUUGCUUGGGCUACCAUAGAUUCGACUGACCACCUGAUCCUCUAUGCGAACGAAGGACAUCAAGUCGAGGCCGUGAUAUCUGGAGUACCCUCUGACAAGCCUAAAGUCACCGGUUCCUCAUCUAUUUCAGCACGUACUGGGCCGAUCGGCACUUUCAUUAUCACCGGUUCACCUAAAGGCGUUUCAUCCAUCUCCCUAGGCAAUACCAUGGUAUUUGUCGCAGACAAGCACACCGCGCUUUCGUUCUGGAACGUCCACCUAUCUUCUGCAAACACUACAGUGUACGACCGCGCUCCGGACGUGCCCUCGAUUUUUGUGUUUGGACCGUAUCUCGUUCGCAACGCCACACUCCUCGAUGGGAGAAGCGUUCUCGCACUGCACGGCGACAUUAACGCUACCACGACUCUCGAUGUCGUUGCGCCUUCGUCUGUCAAGCGCGUCAUAUGGAACGGGAGGACAGUUCACGUCCAGAAAUCGAAUAUUGGCACCUUGCGAGGCAUUCUCAAGUUCACGGCACAGGCUCCAGAACUGCCGGACCUAAGGACCGCGGAGUGGCUCUGCACCGACUCGCUUCCUGAGAUCCAGAGUAAUUUCAAUGACAGCAGCUGGGUUACGGCGAACAAGACCAGUACUGGCAGGCCCUACCAGCCGUUCGCUGGGAAAUACAUGCUCUACGCUGAUGAGUACGGUUUCCAUCAAGGCAACACCAUCACCCGUGGACAUUUCACGGGCAGGAGUGCUAUCGGUGUUCAGCUCUCUGUGCAAGGCGGGUAUAACUUUGGUUACAGCGCAUGGAUCAACUCCAAGUUCCUUGGGUCAAACCAGGGGACGAAUCAGUACUCGGCGGGCGGUGGCGUCGACCUUACGAACGACACGUGGUUGUUCGACCCCGCUGAUCUGAACGAUGGGGACAAUGUCCUCACGGCCGUUCUAGACCCCACCGGUUUGGAAGAAGAUUACAACGGCGAUGAUACGUUUAAGACCCCUCGUGGCAUCAGAGGGUAUAGCCUGCUUGGCAGCGGCGACUUCGACUUCUGGAAGAUUCAAGGCAACCUUGGCGGCGAAGACUUCCCUGACAAGGUUAGAGGACCACUGAACGAGGGUGGACUAUUCGUCGAGCGAGAGGGCGCGCAUCUGCCGGGCUUCCCAGCAACAAAUUGGAAGCAAUCCCGCUCCUGCACACCUUACAUCGGCAUUUCAGGUGCUGGAAUCCAGGCAUACCGCACGACCUUUAGUCUGGACUUGCCCUAUGAAAUCGAUACGCCUAUCGCCUUAAAGAUAACGCGCACGCCGACGAGCAGCUAUCGCAGCAUUAUCCAUAUCAAUGGCUGGCAAUUCGGCCGGUUUAACUCCAAGGACGGACCACAGGAAUUGUUCGUACUUCCAGAGGGCAUCUUGAAGCAUAAUGGAAAGAAUGAGCUGCUGGUCACUUUGUGGUCACUAGAUGCUGAAGGAGCCAAAAUGGCAGACCUUGAGCUUAUUUCGACUGCAGUGGUGAGCACGAGUAAGGAGAGCACUAUCGGGUUGGUUCAGUCGCCGAGUUAUCGGGACCUACGCUAGUGUGGCCUCAUGUACGCCCGCGCCUCUGUAGGAGCAGCAUAUUGAACGUCCGUUGAUGCACAAAAUUGU